AUAAGCUUGCCACAUUGGACAUAAUCAAAACUCAUCCAAUGUCGACAGAUAAAUUGAUUCACAUCUAUGCACCACAAGAAGAACGUAUUAAUGCGUUGAGUCAUGCAUUCGGUGCAAUUUUGGCUGCUAUAGCGACUGUUUUGAUGCUGAUUAAAGGCAACUAUCUGCAUGGAUGGCAAUUUUUUGGAUUGCUUGUCUAUGGUCUAAGCAUGAUUUUACUGUUUUCCAGUUCAGCAAUUUAUCAUUUUUCUGUCGAUGAAAAAAAACGCCAAUGGUAUAAAAAGCUGGAUCAUACUGCGAUUUAUUAUUUAAUUGCGGGAACCUAUACGCCCUUUUUGGCAAUUGCCAUCCCAACAACAAAAGCACAUUAUUUAUUGAUUGCACUUUGGGUCAUCGCAGCCAUUGGAACACUAUUCAAGUUAAUAUUCAUUCAUCGUUUUGAAAAAAUUUCACUGAUUGCUUAUUUGGUCAUGGGUUGGCUUGCUGUGCUUGUAAUGGAUGAUAUGCAACAGUAUUUAAAACCAGAAGCAUUAAAAUUAUUGGUCAUUGGUGGUUUAGCAUAUACAAUAGGCGCAUUGUUUUAUGCCUUAAAAAGAGUAAGAUACACUCAUGCUAUUUGGCAUAUAUUUGUUUUGGUCGGUGCAGGAUCACAUUUCCUUGCAAUCUAUCUUUACGUCAUU